UGUCCCGUUUACUCAACAGAAAAUAAGUGCUUUUCCUACAUCGUAGGUUUUUCCCCGAUCGAGAACAGGGCGUUUGCAAAGAAAAUUCGGUGACAAUAAAGAGACACAGAGAAACACGUGAAUCAGGAAAAACCACAACAGCUACAGCUGAAAAUAAAAAUAAAGAAUUUCUGCUUGUGAAAAUUUUCAAUGAAUGAAUGAAUCUGUUCCGAAAAUAUUUGGUCUUCUUCCCGGUAUAAAAAUCAAAAAACACAGGCACACACAACCGUACCCCACACACACAGAGACCAAGGGGAUAUCGUACAUGUGAAUAAUAUAUACAUACGUAACAUAUGUCUGUAGCUAUAUCUGUGUGAGCUAUACUCGAUAUGCAAGCAAUUCUGGCAAAGUAUGAAAAUCUGAAAACUUAUUAAUAAAAGCCAUCCACAACAUUUGAAAAGACAUCAUUUGCGGAACGGUCGUCAAAGUGAAAAGAUAUUAAUCUCUUAAAGAAAACCAAAAAAGAAAGGAAAAGAAAAAUAACAAAAAUACCUAAAAAAGAACAAAAAGUAGAAGCAAACAUUCAAAUAACAUAAAGACAAUAAAUCUAUUUUUCGUGAGACAAUAAAACGCUCCUAAAAGAAACUGAAAACGAAAUAGGUACCUACCUACCUACCAAUCACAUUUAGGAAAGUGCUGUGUUACCAACAAAGAAAGCAUCCAACCUGCGCACAGCCAGAGCUCCCAUUGACUGUCGACGACAUCGGUUUAAGUGAUAUAAUUUUUCGGUGCUUUUCUAAGUCGCGCGCACAGCGCCAGCCAACCGCACCAAAAUAGAAAUAGAAACCGAGCGACCGACCGGCCAACCUACCGACAGCAGCGGGCAUCAUUGUGAUUGUUGCUGGCAGAGUACAAUUAUAACGGUUUUAAUUUCUUUGCCCAUUAACGACGACUCUAUUCGACAGUCGCCAGCGAGUGUCUGCAGCAAGUUACAUUUAACCGUGAGCGAUUUAACGCACAAGCGCCCCUUACUUGUGUCGCAUAGUGAAGAGCUGUUCCGAAGAGUCUAGUGUGCGUGUCGUAUCUGACAGCUUGUCGUCAUUCUUGAGACUAAGUUGCAUUUAUUACAAAAAAAAAAAAAAAAAAACGAAAAAACAAAUAAAAACACUAGCAACAAAAACAUUGUAAAGACACACAAACCAACUAUUACACAAAGAUUUCCGAAGUAGUCUUUUGUCAAUUUCUGGUGGUGAUUUUCUAAAGCAGAGAUCUUAACAAUGGCGGACUUAUCACACGAAUUGGGUGCAUUGCGUUUUGUUAUGGACUCGCCGCUCUCCUCAAAAGUAGCCAUGUUUAAUAAUCAGGUCAAUCAACACAAGCAAUCGCAGCUGUUAAACCCCUUCUCUCAGACGGAUGGCCGUUCUUCACCAAAGCCCACCUUUUCCAAGGAUGAGUACGGCAAACCCCUGGCAGGUAGUUUAACCGAAAUGAGAGGACAGAAGGCCAACAUCCACGUAUUAAAGGAAAUGUUGGAGCUUUGUCAAAUUAUUGAUUCGGAGGGCUACAAUGUUAAGGAUGAACCAAGUAUGCGGGUUAUACCCUUCGGAGAGCUAUUCAAUAUUUACAACUACAUAUCCGACAAAGUUGUGGGAAUUCUGCUCAGAGCCCGAAAACACAAACUGGUCGAAUUCGAGGGUGAAAUGCUUUUCCAAAGACGUGACGAUGAUGUUCCGAUUUUCCUGUUGAAACCCAUUGCUGAGAUACGUCGUGAAUUGAAUGACAAAAUUGAAAGUAUUAAACGAUCGGGUAGUCCAGCUCCCCAAGCCACAUCGGUGUUGUUGGAUAAGAAAGCUCAUGGCCUAGAUGUUCCCAGAGGUGCUACGCCCGUAUCACGUACGCCAACUCCCCAGUCUUCGAAGGCUGCAUCGCCUGUGCGUGAACCCAAAAAGACAAACAAUACGGCUCCUGCUGCUGCGCCAUUGGAAGUACCAAAAAUCCAACUAAGCGGUGAACCAGAGGCAAAAGAGGUAUCCAGUCCAGAACCACAUCCGCCACAGAAUAAUAACAAUAACACCGAAACCCAACAACAAACUCAAGUUCCUGUCACUCAAGCGGAUGCUCCCACUCAGGCAGAGGUUCCUGCAGCACAGACUGAAACAGCAUCACUUCCAGCCCAAGAAACCGAACAGCACCCAACAGAGGAGUCGGCAAACAAAAGUGACGUGAACAAUAACCCAGCCGAUCUGCCAGUCGUCGAAGUCAUUGAAGCUACUGCAAUCCAUGUCCGAUCGACAAACAACGAAAAUGCCCCUCCAGCCAGCAACGCUGAAACUGUGACGACGCCGGCGGCUUAAAGUCAGCAACACUAGUGUAUUCCCCCCCUCAUCUGAAUAGCCUAUCGAAAAGUACAUUAGCUCCUAGGUAAACUAACUUUGCAUGUAAUGCUCGCACGCAAACCAGGCGAAGAGGCCGCAGAACGGUUGUAUACUUCGCGGGUCCGCAGGGUGCAGUAUUUAAGACAGGUGUAAAUAGCUAAUGAGUAGCAACGUAGCUGUAUUAAUAAUAAGUUUGUAACCCCUAACCCUCCAUCUGUUCCCUCCGUAGUAGAUAAUCGCCUCAUAUCAUGUUCCAUUAAGCUCAGAUAUAAAAAAUAUGUUUAAUACAUACAUUCAUCAUAGUUAUAUAACGGAUAUUUAUUUAUAUACUUCAAUAGUGAUAUCGAAAUUAAUAAAAUGUAAACGUGUAAAGAAACAAGUAAGAA